AGCUAUCACAAGGUAACAGAUGCACUCAAGGUAUUCGAGACACAUUUGAUUCCGUUGCGGGAAUAUAUCACAGUUUAUCAAGUGAAAAACUCAGAUUACUCAGAACUCGGACUGUCAUCGAAUUAUCGAACUACUUUAGAAUUACAAAGAAUAUGCGCGUUGGUCAUUAAACUAACAAAAGAGUUGGACAUUUGCAAAUUGAGAACGUGACAUGUUUAUGAAACACACUCUUCAGUAAAAAUUAAGUACAGAGAUGUUAUAAAUGAAAGUGCCGGGCGCAGGCUUUACGUCACAGAUUACUUAUCACGCCAAAUGGCAAUUUCAGUACAAUGUGCAUGGCGUGUUAUAACCCCUAAGAGCUACCUGUAUCGCAAGCUAUAACAGGUGCAUUUGAAGUAUUCGAGAUACAUUUGAUCCGUUGCAGGAAUAUAACACAGUGCACGAAGUAAUAUAAAAUGAAAGUGCAGGGUACAGGCUUAUUUCACACAUUACUCAUCAGUAUACAUUCAACUGUUUGGACAAGCGACUUCUUUCAGGGCAAACACAGUCAGCUAACUAUUCAUCCUUAUAGAGGGCCCUGUCCCAUUGUGACGUGUUGGUGGAAUUGUUCGCCUACGCAGCAUAUUCUUUAGGAAGGCACUGGAGCGUAACAUGCCUGAUAGCCUGAACGGAAACCUACCAUGGUGAUUGCUGUAUUACUCAGCACUGUCACGGUGUGUUAUGGUCGUACGAUGGGAACGAUACACUGUAAUACGACUUACAACAAGGCGCGAUUAAGUCCCUGACAUCAUAACCUAGUUGAAUCGAAAUAUUAAUCCCAAUCAAUUAGAAAUUUAAGGCUAACACAGUAUAGAGAUUUCUCAACAGCAGCGGCUCAUUUUUGCCAAGAAGGGAAGGUGAACGCGACAGUUGAUCACGUCUGCCUAGUAUAGUGAGUCUGCCUCUGCGUUGGAGUUACAUAUGCUGGCAGGAAUUAUCUCAUGAUCUGCGUUUAGCUUGCUGUGCUGUAAAUGACAGGACGCAUAAUGGCACAAUGUAAUACCUUCCAGUGCGUCAUCAUCACUAACACGAUCAGUAGCACCGUCGACAGUAACGCGACUGACGAAUGCUAUGACAACGGAACAAUCAUCACUGUCUCCUGUAAUCGAGGUUUUCAAAAUCUGGUCGACAAGUAUAACACCGUUUGCAAUGGCACGACGGGAGAAUUUGAACCGGGGGGAUCUUGUGAAAUAGACUUACUGACGCUGAUUUUAGCCAUCGUUCUGAUGUUAGUCAUUACCUUCAUCUUCAGUCUCGUCACUUUUCUUGCCUACAAAAGGUACACGAAGCGAUGGAAAAAGGCGAUGUACGACACUUCCCGAGAUGUAUCAGAAAUAAUUGACGGACACAACGAGGAGGUUGGGGGUGUGGUCAACAUUGGGAUGGCUACCAUGCCUCCAAGUCCAAAGUUUAUCCCUAUAGAAGACCCGUACGAUAUACGGAAUGACGUGGGUACCCAGACCAUGGCCGAGGUUCACUAUGAGAACUCGUCAGUUGCUGCAAAGAAUCAAGAGGUCCAGUAUGCAAAUACCUCAUAUGAGAUGGACACUGGUUCCAUCAAAGAAAAUGGGAUGUUACCCAGUGAUCCACAGGCAGGCAACAGUACGGAAAAACUCAUAGAUACAAAACGUGAUGAACCAGAUGGACAGCCCUCAAUUGUCAACGCAUACGCGAAUAUCGACCGUCCGCUUAACCGUGCCCGACGGGGUCCUUCAGAUGCAUCUGUUGGCGGUAGUACCAAGGUCCGUCCGGUAACUGCUCCUCCGGUCUUUGAUGACAUGUCGGCUUCAGUCCGUACUCCCAGAGAUAGUGACGAGGUGGAGGCUCUAUAUGCUAAGGUCAACAAAGUGAAGCGAUCUUCAGAACGCUGGCCACCACAAAGCAAAGACCCCAGCCGACCACAUGGCAGACCAGCAGAUCUUGACGAUUUGCUGAACCACAUCAAUAAACCAAGUCAGAAACAGUUACAAAAGAAUGAAAGCUCACCAACUCGACCCAUGGCGGAAUCCAAACGGAUAGAGGACUUGUACGCAGAAGUACCAGAAGACUGGGCUUCCGGUUCAGUGAAAGCAAGUCCACCCAAAACAGCACCCAAGCCUGUACGUAACAGCAACCAAACAUCAACUGAAAAGCCACUCAAACGCUAUGUACCACAAUCACAGAUCGGAGAUGGUAACACCGCUGAUAUGUAUGCUGAAGUGGAUAGGUCACACACCUCCCCUAAUCGACACAUCGUCAGUAGCAACUUCAACCCGCCUUCCCCUCCCCCGAUUGAUGGGACGGAGGGUCUGUACGCGCAGAUUGACAGCGACGGAAAGUCAAGGAGUACGCGAGUGACGGGUGACCUAGACUCAACCUACAGUACCGACGAGGGCUUUGUCGAUCAUGCAACCACCAAAUUUUAGGAAGUAAAUGAUCUCAAAAACAAGGUAUUUAUCGAUCAUGUCACCACCACCAGAAUUUAGGGACUAAAUGACUUCAAUUUAACGGCAACCCCCAUCCGUACAUGUAUAUCCUGUUAAAAUUGUACGUGUACUGAUAUGAUUUUUGUCACAAAAUUCUGUGGUCCAUUACGCCCCGCGCGAUAGGUUUUGAUCACAGCUUCAAAAGCGCGCGUCCGCAAUUCGCAAUAGCUCUUUAAAGAAUCAACUAAAAGUGGAAAAUAACGUACUCUGUGUUUCGACCAAGCGUAUAAAAAUGCAGGACUAAUAUUGUACUCCUAUAAUGAAAAUUGUUUUAUGACGAAACAACUGUUUAUUAAUGAAAAAUGCUCAUGUACUCAGUGACAUAACGUUUGGUCUUUGACCUUCGUUCUGUAUCCAAUGAAAUCAAAAUGGACGAACUAAAGAAUGGGAGAUCAGAUGUACAUUGUGUACAAUGUACAUUCAGUGUAUCCGUUCUCUUAAUAUGGUGCACUCCAAUAGAUCACAUAUUUUAUCAUGUGUAUUCAAUACGUAUGUAGUAUAGUUGGCGUUGAUAAUAGACAUGUAUAUUGGCCAAUUCUAGACCCAAACCAAUGUAUAAAGGGUACAACAUUAAUACUCCGAAAAUACAAAUUUAAAGAACUUUAGGCUACAUUUAGAAGGCGGGAAAAGGUAAAUUGUGCGAAUAUUAUUCCUAUUAAUGCAAAAAAUUGUACAUUUUAAUCCCGGUGAUGUAAAAAGUCAGGGGGAAAUGAUACAUAAUCACUGAAUGCAAUACAUGUAUAGUGUUUUAAUCUUGGCAACUCUGUGUCUUCCUAAGCAUUUCCAAGUAUUUCUGUAGACGUUACAAAGAUUACGGAGCCAAAUUUAAAAUCCGGACACUUCAUAUUAGGAAUUGUUGUCCUAUUGAGAUUUCCUGUCCGUUGUUAGUUUUUCAGCAGUUCUUAACAACCUGAAUACGCAAUUUAUGCUAAAGCGAAUUCAUCCAUAUUUUGAUGACUUUCAUUAACCCCAUGUAAACCAAUGUAUUAAUGUUUUUCUGAAGUAUAGAGCGAUUCAUCCAUUCUAUUCGAAAUUAUAAACAAAACUGGUAUUUAGAAACUACAUACAUGUAUCGGUAUCAUGACAAAGGAACCUUAUAGCUCUUUGACAUUUCAGUCCACAUCUCUGCAUGGAUAAUACACGGAUAUUACUUGUAUAUGUAUCUAGUAUGUUGUUUGUAGUUAAGCCAUGUUCUCAAUCAUAACGCGGGCGUUUUUCGGAUGCACUAUGUAAAUAUUUGAAAUGGUGACAGCAUUAAAGAACUAUAGAAGUAA